UAACAACUCCAAAAUUCUACCCAAAAUAAGCUCUAACUCUUUUUAAUACCAAUAUUCUCCUAUUGAUGUUAUACUGAGGGUCAAAAUAUUGCAGUUUUAUAAGAAUUAAAACUGAGGAUUUUCCAAAGGGCAAUGUAGAAAUUCCUGAUGGGUCUGCAUAGACUGUAACACAUUAUAAAUGAAGACACCUAAUAUGUGGUAUAAAAGAUGUCAUUUGAGAAAUGUGUGAUUAGAAAAAGCAAGACUUAGGGACAACCAGUGAAUAACCUGCAUAUUCCAUUGGUUUUCAAACAUUGUAAAGAGGGCAUGAGGAAGGUCCCCUGGCAUGUUGGGUGCUCCCCCUCUCCCCAGUUAUGGGACAUGGAGGCAAAUUUCACAGGAUGGGAAGAUGCAUAAAUUGGGGUUAGUUUGCACCUUUGGAGGAAAUGCCUACUUUGAUGAGAUUGUCGAUUUCUUGAAAUGUAAAACUAUGUGGAGAGAGCCACACACUGGUGAUAAAGCUGAGUACACCAAGGACUGAAAUAAAAUAUGGCCACAUUUCAUCUGAAAAAAAGAUUCAAAGAUUAGCUGACCCAUUUUUUUUUUCUCUUUAGUAACUAGAUCAGGAAGUGAGGCCCUGUGUUGAGGAGCAGCUGGUCAGGAGAUCUGUACGUGUAUGUUUGUUUUGGGAUAUUAUACAAGGAGGAGAAUGAGCCUGAGCUUCUUGGGAGGAGACCCGGCCUGAGAUAGGAGGGCAGCAGCUGGAGUAGAGUGGAGACAGGGACUGCUGCUGUUUAAACACCUUUUUCUUCUCACUCCUUAACUCACCUUGGCACAGAACUAUAGUGAAACACACAGCAAGUAUGAGAACAGUCCAGAUUGAAUGGAAAGGAACCAUGAGAAACAGGAAGACCCUGAGCUGGUCCUUUGUGCUGAUCAUUUUGUUCCAUUUGUUCCAAAGAAGUACAUCCUGUGGUAUUUCCACCCACAUAGAAAUAGCACACAGAGCUCUGGAAUUUUUCAACCAGCAAGAUGGCACUAUUAACUAUAGACAGCUGCUAUUAGAACACCAAGAUGCUUAUCAGGCUGGGAGUGUGUUUCCUGAUGCUUUUUACCCUAACAUCUGCAAGGGAGGAAGAUACCAUCAAGUAUCUGAAGAUACUCACUGGACUCCAUUUCUCAAUGCAAGCAUUCAUUAUAUCCGAGAAACUUAUCCUUUCCCUUGGGAUAAGGAUACUGAGAAAUUGGUGGCUUUCCUAUUUGGCAUUGUCUCACAUAUGGUGGCAGAUGUGAGCUGGCACAGCCUGGGCAUUGAACAAGGAUUCUUGCGGACAAUGGGAGAAAUUGAUUUUCAUGGGUCUUACAAAGAUGCUCAUCCAGUUGGUGAUUUUGGAGGAGAUGUAUUGAGCCAUUUUGAAUUUAAUUUUAAUUACCUCGGGCGGAAAUGGUAUGUACCUGUCAAAGACCUAAUGGGAAUAUACAAGAUACUCCAUGGCAAGGAAAUCAUAACAAAAAAGGCAAUCAUUGACUGUUCCUAUCUUCAGUUCUUAGAACUGUAUGGUGAGAUGUUGGUUAUUUCCAAGCUUUAUCCAAAUUUUGCAAAAAAGUCUCCAUUUUUGGUGGAACAGUUCCAAGAUUAUUUCCUUGGAGGACUGGAUGACAUGGCAUUCUGGUCUACUAAUAUGUUUCAUCUAACAAGCUACAUGUUACAGAAUGGGACCAGUGACUGUAGCCUACCUGAAAAUCCUCUGUUCAUGACAUGUGGUCCCAAACAUAAUGACAGCCUUGGAACCAAACUGCAGAAAAAUAUAUGUCAUCAGACUAUAAAUGUAUCCUUAGCUGAAAAUACGAAAGGAAAUAUAAAUUACACAGAAAGAGGUGUCUUCUUCAGUGUGGAUUCGUGGGCUCAUGAUUCAGUCUCCUUUCUGUACCUGACUUUUACAAAGAAGAUGAGAAAAGUGUUUGCCAGAGAACAGCCUAAGCAACAUAAUUAUGUUUCCCAGCCCAUAGCAUCUUACUUUCUUUCAUUUCCCUAUGUGAAGCUAGGAUGGUCCAUGAUUUCAGCAGACCUCAACCAGGAUGGCCAUGAGGAUCUGGUGGUAGGAGCACCAGGCUAUAGCAGAUUGGGCCAUGUUCAGCUUGGGCGAGUCUAUGUCAUCUAUAGCAAUGAUCUAGGCUUGCCUCCCAUAGACUUGGACUUGGACAAAGAAGCACAUAUCAUUCUAGAAGGCUUUCAGCCCUCAGGUCGCUUUGGCUCUGCAGUCACAGUGUUGGACUUCAACCAGGAUGGGCUGCCUGACCUGGCAGUGGGAGCCCCUUCGGUGGGAGCCGAGAAACUAACUUAUAAUGGGUCCGUGUAUGUCUUUUUUGGAUCCAGAAAAGGAAAAAUAUCUUCUCAACCAAAUGUCACCAUUUCUUGCCAGGACAUGUACUGCAACCUUGGCUGGACGCUCUUGGCAGCAGAUAUUAAUGAAGAUGGUGCUCCUGACCUGCUGGUUGGGUCGCCCUAUGCACCCAGUGGAGGAAAGCAGAGGGGAUUCGUGGCUGCAUUCUAUUCAGACCCCAUCCAAGAUGUCAAAGAUCAACUGAAUGUUGAGGAGGCUAAUUGGAUGGUAAAAGGGGAAGUUGACUAUGCCUGGUUUGGGUAUUCACUUCACAGCCUCAGCCUAAAGAACAGAACCCUGUUGUUGGUUGGGAGCCCAACAUGGAAGAAUAUGAGUAGGCUAGGUAACACGUUCCACAAACAGGAUGAGAAACAGAGCACUGGAAAGGUCUAUGGCUAUUACCCACCGAGUAGACACAGCUGGUUUACGAUUUCUGGAGACGAGGCAAUGGGGAAACUGGGAACCUCAAUAUCAAGUGGUGUUGUGGCAGUUGAUGGAGCCCCAAGACAGGUGCUGCUGGUUGGUGCCCCAACUCGCGAUGACAUAUCUAAAAUGGUAUUCUUACCCAUGACCCUGCACCAGGGAGGCCGUACUUGGAUAUAUGACUUGACACCUGACACAACGCCCUCUCUGCUUGGUACCUUCAGUGGGGAUAGGCGUUUUUCCCGCUUUGGAGGGAUGGUAUACUUAAGUGACCUGGAUGAUGAUGGAUUAGAUGAGAUCAUCAUAUCAGCCCCUCUGAGGACAGGAGACUUCACAAGUGGGCUGCUUGGUGGGGAAGAUGGCCGCGUCUACAUCUACAAUGGCAAGAAGGCUGCCCUUGGUGAUGCCACAGGCAAAUGCAAAUCUUGGGUCUCUCCAUGUCCUGAAGAAAAGGCCCAACACGUAUUGAUUUCUCUUGAAGAAAGUUCAAGAUUUGGAAGCUCUGUGGUCACAGUGAAGUCAAAGACAAAGAGUCAAGUUGUUGUUGCUGCUGGGAGGAGUUCCACAGGAGCCAGACUAGCUGGAAUGCUUCACAUCUACGAUCUGGGAGUCGACUAGAAACCUCACUGCUUCCCUGCUUACUCCUCCCUUUCUCAUGGAAAGGCCUCUGACAUGGACAAAGUAGCACCUAAAGUCUAGCCACUGUGGAGCAUGAUUUAAGUGUAGAUUCUGGAAAGAUUGGGAGAAGAUAGGAAGAGUGUCAGGCAACUGGGAACUGUGAGGCAUCCUAUGAAAUAUCAGAAAUUUCUCUUGCAUACAUCCCCCUUUCCAAAUUUGUUUCCUUGUUCCCCCUUGCAUAUGAAAUGUUUUCAUUCUCUUCUGGAUUUUCUUGGCUUCUGAAUUUGGUGUUUGAAGACUCUUUUAAAUCCCAGAUCUACCACUUAACUCUCUGUGACUUUGAGAAAAUUAUUCCCUCCAGCUCUAUUUCCUCAUCUGUAAAAUGAGGGAGUUGGGCUGGGUGGCUUCUAAGAUCCCUUCCAAAUCUAAAACCAGGAGCUGCUGCCAAACCUGUUUCCUUCUCCUACUUCUCUGUGUAGCCCUUCCCUCUUCUUGGGAUGGUGCUCUUGGCUUUACCUAUUUAGUAAACCCUGAAAGUUUGCUUGUACCAUUAGAGAAGCUUAACAGAUAACUAAGGAGAAGGUAUAAAGAGAAAUCAUGGGAGAGUGAUAUAGAGGGGAGUCAUAGGAGCAGAUUAUCUUAAAAUCCCAAGACCAUUUUUUUUGUCAGUGUUUCUGAAAUCUUAAGUGGUAUGUGGCUAGUGAUAUCUGCAUGCAUAUAGUUCAGUGAGCAGGCAACAAGGAAAAAACCCCAUCAAUCACAGUUCAACUGUCUGAAAAAUUGAGCUUAGGUUUCCCCUUUUACUGACAUUUCUCAAAUCCUUUAGUCUGAAUUAUUUUCCAGUUUUUCAUUAGGUCUGUAAUCUUAUUAAUACAGAUAUUAGCUCCAGAAAUGUAGAUGAUUAUCUACCCAUGCCUGCCCAUUCAGAGCUAUUCAUGGAUUCUUUUCAUAAGAAUGUGAAAUGAUCCCCAAGGUUUUGUACAAUGAAAAGCAAGUACUAAAAGUGAAGAUAAUGAGACAUUUUGGGGGUAUUCUAAAAAUUCUGCAGAGGUAGCCAAGGAUGAGAUAAGAGUAGGACCUCACACUAUCAUCCUUUUUUUAAAGAAGUACCCAGGGUUGUGGCUUAGUAGAUAGGGUUGCCUCCAUAGUACUGGAAGUCUGAAUAUAGCCAGCAUCAUGAGUAAGGCAAAAUAUACUGGAACUAGUCUAAAGUGAAGAUUGAUUAUGGGAUCAGGAGGCAAUUCAGCAUUCUAGUUUCCUCUCUGAGCAAGUUGUGCUGUCAUCUGUCCCAGAUUGUAUUUAACUGUAGUACUGAGAAAUCUUUAUUUACUUUGUCAGGUGUGACAGUGAAUGUGUAAAACUCAUCCCUGUCCAAUCCAGGGGCUUUAUUAAUGAUCAGCCCAUGGCAAUUGGGGGUGGGAGGGAAGAAAGGUCAGCAAACUGGAAGAGAGAAUAUGUAUAAUGAUAGUCCCAAUUAUGUUGUACUACCCCUGAAGGAACUGUGAUCCUGGUGAGACUAUCUUAAGAGGUAUUUUGGUGUUUUAAACACUUCAGGAGUAAAUAUAUAAGAGGAAUAUUUCCUAGGUUCUCGAAGUACCAGAGUGUGGGAUGAGAAGAGAUCCUAGGCAGAAUCCAAUCUAAGGGUGGGGUGGGGUGAUAAAAUAAAGAUAUAAAAAAAGAGGAUGAGAUAACUCUGUAGGUACAUCUAUGUGUAAUUCUAAAGUGACUCCUGGCCUACGUUGGAGGUGUGGGGAGAAAGGAGAUGAACUCUUUCUGAAAUAGAAUUUGCCAGAAAGAGAUUUCAUCUUAUAUGCUCUAUAUAAGAACAACAGAAACAAAAACUAUCAUGCAAAACACUAUAGAGAUAAUCAUACUUGGCAGUUUAGGAUAGUAAUAUUUUAAAAAUUCCUUAAAUUGCAUUUCAAAUAAAGUAUUACUGAACAGAAA